ACAAACUAAAUCACGGCACCCAUGUUUAUUUAAAACGCACAAAAAAAGAGGCAGGGCUUGAUAAACGUGUGCCAAUUGUGGCCACUCGCCGGCGCUACAGUGUUAAUUUCUUUUUUUUUUUUACUUUUAUUCUGUGCGUUAGAAACGGAAGUUGUGUUGUCGUUUAAAUUAGACUUUUAUUAUGAAAGCCUCGCCGGAAGUUUAUUUUACUCACGUUAGCCAAUUUGAGCCGGUGUUUCAGUUUAAAGCGUGACCAUGUUAACUGGCGACCACCGGCCGAAUGCGCCGGUGGUUGUCGUAGUUACGACAAACUGUUGAAAAACAAGAAAAACACGUAGCUGUCCUCAUUAAUGUCAGGUUUUUAAUUAGCUUUACAAUGUCGCUUAGUCUUUCUUGUCUCGUUUGACAGCUACGUAUUCUCUUCCUGUUUUCAAACGCCGUCAUGACUCACGACAACCACAUACAUUCGGCUGACGGUCGCCUAUUAACACGGUCGCUGUUUAAACCGAAACACCGGCGACAGCUUUAUAGUUUAACAACCACACAGCACUCGUGACAUUAUACACAGAUUGUUCGGCGCCGGUAAACCCGGUUUGACACUCACUCCGUCAUUUUGUUUGACGACAUGAAAACUUUAAAAGAAUCGUUUUGUUCGCAGACGAACACGUUGCGCCUGCGCCGUGAACCUAACGUUUUUUUCCGCCCCCCCCCCCAGCUUGAGGUAUGUUGCUUUGCUUGAAAAGCAGCAGCUGCUGCUGCAAGGAGCAGAGACGCAGGCAAGAGAGCAAUGUUAGAGCGAUCCGCUCGGAUAAGACAAGCCGUGGUUACAGCGAGCCGUGGAUCAUAGUGUGGGGCUGAAAGCCGGCUAGUAUGCAGUGAUCUGUGCCUGCUUUGUAAACGAGUCGUUUCAUAUGUGGAAGACGCUUUCUCUCUUGUAUUCUGGAUGAUCUCCCACAGCCAGGUCCACGUAUUGAGAUGAUCUAUUUUUGUGAUGGCGAGGGGUCUGUUUCCACGGGCCUGGGUGAAAAAGUCUUUCUACUUCCAGGCUCGGAUCUCCUUCGUGCGGGUGAAGUACCUGUUCCUUACAUGGCUGACGGUGCUGGUGGGGAGCUGGGUGCUCUAUGUGCAAUACUCCGCCUACACAGAGCUGUGCAGAGGACACGAGUGCAAGAACGCCAUUUGUGAUAAAUACAGGAAGGGGAUCAUCGAUGGCUCUGCCUGCAGCAGUCUGUGUGACAAAGAAACUCUCUACAUGAGCAGGUGUCUGUCAACCCUGCCCAAUAACCAGGUGUACACAGGGAGCUGGGGAGAUCAUGAUGGUAUCAUCCGCUGUAAGCUGGGGGAGGUUGUACACUACGAGCUGGGUGAGGAGCCGGAGCCGCGGAGAGAAGCCCCCGUGUUCGAUAAACCCACCAGAGGUACAUCUGUGGAGAAGUUCAAAGAGAUGGUCUUCAAUCACCUCAAGUCCAAGCUCGGAGAACAGGCUAACCUCGCCAGCCUCGUCAGCCAGAUCCUCUCUGUUGCCGAUGGCAACAAAGAUGGACGGGUGUCACUGCCAGAAGCCCGCUCUACAUGGGCCCUCCUGCAGAUGGACGAGGUGCUGCUGGGCCUGCUGCUCCAGGACCGUGGACACACUCCUCGCCUCCUCGGCUACUGCGGAGACCUGUACAUGACAGAGCGUGUCCCCUACGGGCCCCUGUAUGGUUUGUCUCUACCUUGGCCACUGGUAUCCUGGGUUCCCAACAGCUUGCAGCGUACUAUGGACCAGUGGUUCACCCCCUCAUGGCCCCGCAAAGCUAAGAUCUCCAUGGGCCUGCUGGAGUUGGUGGAGGACAUCUUCCACGGCACCUAUGGCAGCUUUCUGAUCUGCGACCUCGCCGCUGCACACUUUGGUUACACCGACGGCCACGAGCUCCGUCUGACUAAUGCCCGAGCGGUGGUUCCAGAGAACGAGUUCAAGCUCACCAUGCGGGCGCUGAAGUGUGAAACAGACGCCGACUGCGUGUACGGGGUGGACUGCCAGACGUCAUGUGACGUGUCCGAGAAACGAUGCCGGGAAGAGCCGGUUCAGCCAAAUUUGGCGAAGGCAUGCAGUGCACUAAAGGACUACCUCCUGCGUGGGGCGCCGUCAGGGAUGAGAGAGGAGCUGGAGAGGCAGUUGUACGCCUGUAUGGCUCUCAAAGGUAAUGCUGGACAGAUGAACAUGGAGCACUCACUUAUCCUCAACAACCUGAAAGCUCUGCUGUGGAGACAGAUCUCGCACACCAAGGACUCGUGACGAGGAGAGGAAGUCUUUCUGAAAUCAUCAGUUCCACACGUGGAGCUGAAUAUUUAAGAUGCUGUGAUUUAGGAAUAGCAAAUUUAAUGAAGUAAUUUUUAUCAGUUCUGAACACUUAUGAAUGACUGAAGGAGACUCUACCUCCUCUAUCCUAGUUUCAGAAGUUUAGGGGGGCUGGGAACACACAUUGAAAUAUAAGACUAAAUGAUUGCAUGUUGCCAUCAGUCACACUAAAAACAGUUCAUGCAGCCACAUUAUAUUGUAUCGUACCAUUCACCACAGAGGAAUGUUAGCGAAGCACUUAACAGAAAAACAGAUUUUAUUGUUAGUCUCACAGGUUGAGAGACCAAAUUGCUGUUUUUUUUUUUACCACAAAAUCAUGCUGAUACGUUUGAGCUGACGAGGUUCAUCAAAAAAGACUUUGUCCUGUUUAUAGGAAGACGUCAGUGUUGUACGAAGCUCUAGUUUCAAGUGUAAUGAAAUUGCACUAUUUUGAGAUCGGCUCCUUAAUUUUGUUUGGCUGCUGAGCUCAGAAACAUAAUCAUGGAGUACGUUUGAAGGAUGAUGCUGGUGAUAUUCUAUUUUUACUUCUAGCAAAUUGAAUGAAAAGUCAAUGCUUCAUUUUGACUCUCAACACUUACUGAGUUUUCUACGCUGCCUGUAGCACACUGAAGGUGUAAAUCUGUAAAAUCAGCUCUCAAAAUUAUACUUUCAUAUUUUGGUUACAUUUAACUAAUCUCCCAAAAAAGCUAAGGUUAUUCAAACUCGAGUAAAUGGUGCAUUUCUGUUGGAACUAUUUUCAGGAUGAAUGCACAUUUGGUGUGCUACUUUGUGUUUGCAUUGAGUCAAAACGACCUACACUGCCCAUAUCAUGAAGGAACAUGUCACCUAGUGCAAUAGUGUAGUUUUCUUUUGACAGUUUUUGGUUUAAAAUAGUCAGUUGCACAGAAAGGAUUCACUAUAUAUGACCAUUUUAGACAGUUUAGAUUCAUUGUCUUUUCAGGCAUAUAAAAGAAUGUAGCAAAUUAACUUUUAACAAAGGCAAGAUGAGUGACAAACUAAAAGGAAAAACCUGAGGUCCAGAGAGUGAGAGUUAGGGGCUACAUUUACAGAAUAUGGCAGAAAUAGACUAUAAUGUGUGUAAAUAUGUGUUCAUUAGUAUAUGAUCAUCUGAAAAUAAGACUUGGUUUGUUUUUGUUACCUUAGAAUGAGACUUUAUAUCUCCAGGCGCUGUAGGUCCUCUUCCAUGGAGCACGCCAUGUUGAACAGCCGUACAGUAGCCCAGAACAGACAAACUAAACACUGGCUCUAGAUAUGCCCUUUUAAAGUUUUGAUGAUAUAAAAGUCUCAUUCUAAGGUAACAAAAACAUACCAGGUGUUAUUUACAAGUGAUUAAUGAACACAUUUCUGCAUGUUGUAUUCUAUUCCUGCCAUACUCUGUAAAUAGAGGCCCAUGAAUCUGACACACUGCACCUUUUAAGAAAUGAUAACGCCUCUGUCCAGAGAUUUGGAGAGAUCUAACGCUGAGCAUUGAGGCUGUUCUGGUUUCCUUUGUCACCCGUCUGCAUGUUAAAGUGAGACAGUUGGUUAGCUUCAAAGUGGACAAUAUGCCUUUUGUCAGUCAGUAUUCCAGAGGUCAUAUACUGUACUUCGCUCUGCUCUACAUUCUCCACCUGUAACGCUAGUGACAUCUUCAAUGCUGCAUCAACGACACGAAGAGAAAUAUUAGUGUAUUUUAUUUGUGAAUGUUAUCUACUUGUUAUUUCUCACUGAAAAGAAACAUUUGUGGUAAUGUGCUGUACUCACACUAUUUUUGGAUUCUUGUCUCAGUGCCAUAGAGAUCAUGCUGAAGUCAUUAAUGAAUGUUUACCACCGGUGAAGGUGGAGGUCUUUAUCAAAUCUUGUGGUCACAUCUGAAUGCUGUACAAAAAGAUUUUCCACGAACCCUUCCAGACAUUACUGUUGUGACGUUACUGUGACUGAGUCGAACAACCUGACUCGUUUAACCACUUUAAAUGAAUUCCAGAACGGACAUGACCUCUAAAAGCAUGUCGAGCUUGUGAUCAAUGCUGCUGUUUUGAAUUUUGGAAGAAAAAAAAAAAAAAAAGUAAAACUUAUGUACUUAAAGAGACCAGCAUGAUUUUGCACAAUUAAAGUACAUACCACUUCACUGUAA